AUGAGGACCACAUUAGCAUGCCAGUGGUGUCGGAAGUCAAAAAUUAAAUGCCAUCACAAUGGAGCCCCUCCGUGCCAGUUAUGUAGGGCUAAUCCGGGCAGAGAAUGUGUCCUGAGCACCCCAGUCCUACGGAGGAAGGAAAGAAACGCUCCUUAUCCUCCCCCGACAAGCAAAACUCGCACAUAUCAUAUAUCAGAAACCUCGGCCCCCGACAGGACAGACAAGGUGCAUGCUGAUCAGCAAGACCGACGCCCGCAAAAGGAUGGUUCAACUUCCGACGCUGUCGACGGUGUUACCACCAGUGGCGAAAUGCAAAGCCAAGUCGCACCGCAGCAAGUGGCAGCUCCUUUAUCACCUGAAUACGCUCUAGUUAAUGUAAACUCGGAGCUAGUCACUCAUGCAAGUCGAAUAUUUGUAAAGCAAUUUCCAGAAUUUGGAUUUGUGCAUAAGCCGACAUUCUUUGAGCACGGCCUGCAGGAUGAGAUUCCUAGCAUCAAGCUAUGCGCAAUCCUGGCUCUGUGCUCUCGAUAUCUUCCCGAGUUAUCGAAUAUAUUUGGACACUUCGCCAAUGUUGUUCGUGAGAAUAUCAUGAGUUACAUGGCCCAGUAUCCUGGGAUUGAUGCCGCUCAUGCCUUGAUUUUGCUCAGUUUGUACGAGUGGGGAGAGGGUAAUGGAUUUCAGGCAUGGAUAUAUACAGAUCUUGAGAUACGAAAUGUGCAGUUCCAAACCCCAUUUUCGGCCUUUUGUAUAUUUAGUGCCGCAGCCGCACUUGUGUAUGCAGACACUUGGCCAUACAUGGCACCCGGGUUAGAAAAUGCCAAGGAAAAAUACCAAUGGAGUUUUGACUGGCUGCAGAGUGCCAGUGAAAAGUGGAAAGUUGCGAAGCGUUGGCAUGAAAUGCUGAGCGAGCUUGCGGGAAUUUUUACACGUCUCAAGACUGAAGGGCAGAAUUUCCCACAUCUGGGACGAGAGGAGUUCCAAGACCUCCAUGACAGUAUGCACCGCCUUGCAGAGCCCGAAUCCACUACUGUGAAUGCCUUGGCUACUCUUUCACAAGGUGAUAGAAUAGUGGGGUCUCACACACAACCAUAUCUGGGGACUCUAAACGGUGGAGAAGACCCUGUGUCGCACGUUCCCCAUGCUCGUGACGCAGUUCGACUUCAUGCAGAGCACAGCAGUACGUCAGAGCGACACGAAACGGAGCUUACUGCUUUUGAAGAUCAACCAGGACACACAGACAACGACAUCGGUGUUGAUCCGGGCUUCCUUCUGGCAAUGCUAUCUGACCCUUCCGGAGAUUGGUCGCAUGUAGUCUAA